CUUUCUGCAGAUUUUUCUCAUUUGUAACAUUUGUAAUUUUAAAAGCGAAUAUGUAUAUAUUCUAGAUCACAGCCCUGUAUCUUUCUUUUGGGGUGGUUAGAUUUAGGUUUGUUGGGUCAGUGAGAUAUGCUGUUAUCAGAUUUUAGACACUUGUUUUAUCUUGUAGAUCCGCAGACUUCAGCAACGUGUCUUAAAAAACAAAAACAAAAGAAACAGACUUUCUUAAAGGUUUCUAUUGGUAGAAACACUUGCUCCUCUCACAUCCUGUGCUUUUAGAAAGCAUGGGUGACGUCCAAGACAACGUAAAUCCCUUCUUUUAUCAACUGAGAAGACUGAACCUGAUAACAUCUCACCCUUUGUCUUGUCACAUUUGAAGAGGCUAAGAAGACUUUGAGACUUAAAACCCUCCCGGUACCUGAACCGUUGCGCGACUGCACAACCCUGACGCAUCUGCAGAGGACGAGACUGCGGCAAUGGAAAGUAUUUCAAAUGAAAGUGACUUUUGGCAGUUCAACGAAUCCUGGAAGAACCCGAGUCUCAUGAACGGGACCGGAGGCUUGAAUCAGACGAACCCUCUGAAGCGAAAUGAGGAGGUAGCGAAGGUGGAGGUGACUGUGCUCGCUCUGGUGCUGUUCCUGGCGCUGGCGGGGAACCUGUGCGUCCUGCUGGCCAUCCACACAGCCAAACACAGUCAAUCUCGUAUGUAUUACUUCAUGAAGCACCUGAGCAUCGCCGAUCUUGUUGUGGCGAUAUUUCAAGUGCUCCCUCAACUUAUAUGGGACAUUACAUUUCGCUUCUAUGGACCAGACAUUUUGUGCAGGUUGGUGAAAUACUUGCAGGUCGUUGGGAUGUUCGCAUCUACUUACAUGUUAGUUUUAAUGUCUGUAGACCGGUGUUUGGCAAUUUGUCAGCCUCUCCGUUCAUUGCAUAGGAGAAAAGAUCGUUUUUAUGUCAUAUUUUCCUGGAUCCUCAGUUUGCUCUUCAGUAUCCCGCAGAUGUUCAUCUUUUCCCUCAAAGAGGUUGGCUCUGGAGUGUAUGACUGCUGGGGCGACUUCGUAAAACCUUGGGGAGCCAAAGCUUACAUUACAUGGAUCAGCCUCACCAUCUAUAUUAUUCCAGUGGCCAUACUGAGCAUUUGUUACGGACUAAUUAGCUUCAAAAUAUGGCAAAACUUUAAAUUAAAAACCAGACGAGAGCAGUGUAUAAGCCUGACGCCCAAAACCUCCAAAAGCAACACACUGGCCCGCGUGAGCAGCGUGAAGCUCAUCUCCAAGGCAAAGAUAACCACAGUAAAAAUGACUUUUGUGAUUGUCGUGGCAUACAUCGUCUGUUGGACCCCCUUUUUUUCCGUCCAGAUGUGGUCUGCGUGGGAUCCAGCAGCCCCUCGCGAAGCCAUGCCCUUCAUUAUCUCCAUGCUGCUGGCCAGCCUCAACAGUUGCUGCAAUCCUUGGAUCUACAUGUGCUUUGCUGGGCAUCUAUUUCACGACCUGAGACAAAACUUUCUUUGUUGUUCUGCUCACUACCUGAAAUCAUCCCAGUGCCGCUGUGAGCGUGACUUUGACUCCAGCCACAAGAGCAACUCCUCAACCUUUGCCAUUAAGAGCACUAGCAGUCAGAGGAGCAUCACACAGACGUCCACCACAUAAGCCCCCCCACACCUUGUCCCCUCUGUCAGGCUGCCCACUCAACCUUCCACUACAUGCUGCUGCACAUAAAUUUUCCAGUAGUUCGAUUUCUUCUAACACCCUUCACUACAAGGCUUAUUUUAGCAAGACUGGUAGUGAAGGGUUUUGUCAUUUUAUGACAAAAGUCACAAUAUUUUUUAUUUCAGCAUAAAUUGGCAAUUAAACUGUGAAAUAGAUCAUUGAAUGAAACAAAUGACUUGUUCUUAUAAAGAAAUGAAAUUUCUGUGGACCACCUUAAAAAAUCAGAUGUUUAUUAAUAUUAUUAUUAUUAUUAUUAUUAUUAUUAUUAUUAUUAUUAUUAUUAUUAUUAUUAUUAUUAUUGUACCAAUUUUUUUUUUUUAUUUAGAUGUACAGAUGUGUGUUUGUGUAUUUACUGUGAAGAAAAGUAUGAACAGAGAGUAUUUGAAGUAUUUUAUAGCACCAUCAUCAACCACAGUGUUGACACAGGUUUUGUGGCCAGCAGAGCUUAUGGGUCCUGUUUGUCUGUGUUAUGAUGCAAUAGUUCUUCUGUCAUAAAUAUUGUGUACCCAGUUGUUUACUUUGCUACAUAACUGCAUAGAUUUAAACUUACUUAACGUCAUGUUAGAUAUGAAACCUCAUGGCUGUCACUGAUAUAAA